UUCUAAAACUUGUUUCCCGUGUGGUUACCUUCCUACCUUCUUCCCCAGCGCAGAGAACAGGGCUGCAGUUCUAGCUCUCCACGUCACUAUGUCGGAUCGCGGUGCCUUCGAUACCGAUGUGGUCACUCUGACCAGGUUUGUGUUGGAAGAGGGUAGGAAAGCUAAAGGAACCGGGGAACUGACCACUUUGCUCAACUCUAUGUGCACAGCUAUCAAAGCCAUCUCCUCGGCCGUCAGAAAAGCUGGAAUUGCCAAUUUGUAUGGGAUUGCUGGCAGCACUAAUGUAACAGGUGACCAGGUGAAGAAGUUGGACGUGCUCUCAAAUGAUCUGGUGAUCAACAUGAUCAAGUCCUCCUUCACAUCCUGUGUGCUUGUGUCUGAGGAAGACGAGAGGGCCAUCAUCGUUGAACCAGAGAGAAGGGGAAAGUACAUUGUUUGCUUUGACCCUCUGGAUGGCUCUUCAAACAUUGACUGCCUGGCUUCCAUUGGAACGAUAUUUGCCAUCUACAGAAAGACCACAGAUGAUGAACCCAAUGAGAAGGAUGCUCUUCAGCCCGGCAGGAACAUUGUCGCCGCGGGUUACGCCCUGUAUGGCAGUGCCACCAUGUUGGUCCUCUCCACAGGUCAAGGGGUCAACUGUUUCAUGCUUGACCCUGCCAUUGGCGAGUUUAUUCUGGUUGACAGGGAUGUGAAGAUCAAGAAAAAAGGAAAGAUCUACAGUCUUAAUGAAGGUUAUGCUCAGCACUUUUACCCUGACGUCACAGAAUACCUCCAGAAGAAGAAAUAUCCAGAGGACGGCAGUGCACCCUAUGGAGGACGUUAUGUUGGGUCCAUGGUCGCUGAUGUUCACAGGACUCUGGUCUACGGAGGAAUCUUCCUGUACCCUGCCAACGUUAAGAGUCCGAAGGGCAAGCUGAGGCUUCUGUAUGAGUGUAACCCCAUGGCCUUCAUCAUGGAGCAGGCUGGAGGUAUGGCCACUACAGGGGCCAUGAACGUGCUGGAUAUCGUUCCAGAUAACAUUCACCAGCGUGUCCCCGUGGUACUGGGCUCCCCUGACGACGUCCAGGAAUACAUCUCCAUUUUCAAGAAACACGCCAAGUGAGCCGAAGGAUGUCUGUCGAUACUCCGAUCUCCAAAGCCCGACACAAUCUCAGACCAAAGACAUUACAGCAGGGAUAGUGCAUGGGAAAGUGCCUUUUAUGAGUACUCUCACUGUGCUGCUCUCAGAGGAUCUCUGAUUGGUCUCUACCCUGUCAUGACUGAAAAGAAUAAGGUUGUCUGUUAUAAUGUGACCUGGUAGGUAACCCGUAUGUCAGUGACGCAUUGUUUACUGUUGCUCAAAAUGCAGAUGAUGAAUGUUUUGCCUUAAAAAGGAUUCUUUGGGAAAAAAAA